AUGGGACCUCUAACUUAUCUCUUUCCGCUCUUCUUUCUGUUCUGUUCUUCCCCCUUAACACACUCUCGAACCACACCUCAAACCCCCAAAACGACACCCCUCCACGUCGUUUCCUCCAUUCAAAACACACACAAAGCCCUUGCCUUAACCCCCCCCCACCACCACCGCUCACAACGACAACAAGAACCAUCUUUUGCAUCAUCGUUCAUCCUUCAAGUGCAUUCUCGAGCCUCAAUUCAGAAACCUUCCCACAACGACUACAAGUCUCUAACCCUAUCGCGACUUGAGCGCGACUCAGCCCGAGUCAGAGCCUUACAGACUCGCCUGGAUCUCGCCUUAAAGCGCAUCUCCAACUCGAAUCUUCACCCCACCGAGUCCGGCAACGAGUUCAAAUUCAACGAACUGCAAGGCCCAAUCAUCUCGGGAACGAGUCAAGGAAGCGGCGAGUACUUCCUCCGAGUCGGAAUUGGAAAACCGCCGAGUCAAGCCUACAUGGUACUCGACACAGGGAGUGACGUAAGUUGGAUCCAAUGCGCACCAUGCUCCGAUUGCUACCAACAAUCCGAUCCGAUUUUCGACCCCCUUUCAUCCUCUUCCUACGAGCUGAUCCACUGCGACGCGCCACAGUGUAAAUCCUUGGACCUCUCUGAAUGCCGCAACGAAACGUGUCUCUACGAGGUUUCCUACGGUGACGGUUCUUACACAGUUGGUGAGUUCGCUACUGAAAUGGUGACUCUCGGCACGGCUUCAGUUGACGGCAUUGCCAUCGGCUGUGGUCAUAAUAACGAAGGCUUGUUCGUCGGCGCUGCCGGCUUGCUCGGCCUCGGCGGCGGCUCACUUUCUUUUCCGGCUCAGCUCAAUGCAACGUCGUUUUCUUACUGCCUCGUGGACCGUGACACCGAUUCUGCCUCGACUCUCGAGUUUGACUCGCCAUUUCCACGUAACGCCGUCACCGCGCCGUUACGAAGAAACCCCGAGCUAGACACGUUUUACUAUCUCGGCUUGACGGGAAUCAGCGUCGGUGGUGACUUGCUUCCGAUUCCUGAAGCGAGUUUCGAGGUCGACGCCACCGGCGGCGGCGGGAUUAUCGUAGAUUCUGGCACGGCGGUGACGCGGUUGCGAAGCGAGGUGUACGACGCGCUUCGGGACGCGUUUGUGAGGGGGACGAAGGGGUUGCCCUCUGCGAACGGUGUGUCGUUGUUUGACACGUGCUACGACUUGUCGUCAAAGUCCAGCGUGGAUGUUCCGACGGUGUCGUUUCACUUUCCCGACGGGAAGGAGUUACCGUUACCGGCGAAGAAUUACCUAAUACCGGUUGACUCAACGGGGACGUUUUGUCUGGCGUUUGCGCCCACGACGUCGUCGUUGUCAAUCAUUGGGAACGUGCAGCAGCAGGGGACACGUGUCGGUUUCGACAUCAGUAACUCGCUCGUUGGAUUCUCUGCAAAUAGUUGCUAG